CAGUUCGGCUUCUCUUCCCGAUCCCACUACACUCCUCCAUGAUGUCACUCUUCGUUUCCUGUUACCUCUGCACUGUGACACAUUGCCAAGGGAGAGGAAAACUUUUUGGAGAACUUUGCAGGAAGAAGUAACGGGCUUGCUUUUUACACAGCGGCCUUUCUCUCCCUCCGCCCCCCAUCCACAUUCUUCCAUGCGGCUAGUUUGAUGGAUCCGAGGUACGAGGUACCCCGUAGGUCUGGCAGUUCCCUGAGCGGGUCCCCGGCACUGCCGAGCGCCCAGUCCCGCCGCAGGAAACUGCCGCCUCGGCCCGCUGACUACAAGCUGCAGGUUAUCAUCAUCGGCUCCCGUGGAGUCGGCAAAACCAGUCUGAUGGAGAGAUUCACCGACGACACUUUCUGCGAAGCCUGCAAGUCCACUGUGGGAGUUGAUUUUAAAAUCAAAACAGUAGAGCUAAGAGGAAAGAAAAUCAGAUUACAAAUUUGGGACACAGCAGGUCAAGAAAGAUUUAACAGUAUUACUUCUGCAUACUACCGGAGCGCAAAGGGAAUUGUGAUAGUAUAUGAUAUCACAAAACAGGAGACCUUUGAAGAUCUUCCAAAGUGGAUGAAAAUGAUUGACAAGUAUGCUUCAGAGGAUGCAGAACUUUUAUUAGUUGGGAACAAGUUAGACUGUGAAAAUGACAGAGUGAUUUCUCGACAGCAAGGUGAAAAGUUUGCACAGCGAAUAUCUGGCAUGCGAUUCUGUGAAGCAAGUGCCAAGGAUAAUUAUAAUGUUGAUGAAAUAUUUUUAAAGCUUGUUGAUGACAUUUUAAAUAAGUUGCCACUAGAACUUCCUGGGAAAGAGCUUUCCAACAGCAUAUUAUCCUUGCAGCCUGAACCAGAUAUCCCACCAGAACUGCCACCACCACGGCCCAACACUCGGUGUUGCUGAGGUGUGGAAGAAGGUGGAUUUUGUACAUCCUGCUGUUCAGCGGUUCUGUAAUGACUCUGCCAAGCAUAUCCAGAUUAAAGAUGUGUGGUUUCUGAAGACUUGUGUUACCAGUAUUAAGACUAACUUAACAGGCAAAAUGAUUUCACCUCUUACAAAAUUGUGUGGCAAUGAUAUGUAGUGAUCUGAGUGGUUGCAAUAAUAAGACUGAGAUACUUGCAAACAGAUUUGAGCUUUUACAGACUGCCUGUUUAUGUAUUAUAUUAAAGAUUAGGCAGCAUAGUAUCAGCCAGCUAAGUAAAAAUUACUGUCAUGUUCUCACGUAAAGGCAAAACACCAGCUACCCAGACAUGAGCACAAAGAGUGUAUUAUUGCAUAGUGAAUCAGAAAGUGGACAAAUUCAAAGCCAUAAUAAUACAAUAGCAUCUAGAAUGCUAAUUUAAUUUGCACUCCAUUCUUCAGAAUGCUUUAGCUACACACUGGAAGAAAUUGACUGUCUGUCUGGAAGUCGCACAACAGUCAAAAUGUGUUACAAGAUAAUGCGCCAGUUAGUUAGAAAGAACAUUUAUUAACUUUGCUCUUAAAAAUCAGUGUUUAAAAAAUUUCUGCACUAUAAGCAAUCAUUCAAGUUGGGCCUAUCCCUCUGUUACAUUAAGCAUCUUUGCACGUUGCACAUCAUACCAAGGGUAUUUUCACACAUGAAGUGUGCAGCCAAACAAUAGGCUCAGAAACAAUGUAUAAUUAGAAUUUUACCCAUAAAAGCAUCAUUAUGUGUAAGGGGCUUUUUAAUCAUGUUGGAUCUAUAGUUACUGUAGUUCUUUUAACUGCGGCAUGCUAGACUCUGAGUAUAUUUUCCUUGUAACUCUGCUAAGAUGCAACAUAUUUUAUAAAACAAUCAUUGCGUUUUGUGCAUGUCAUUUUUUUCAAUCUUACCUGAGGAUUUAUCCUAUUGCCAUAUUUUAUGACAAACAAACAACCAUCAGUUCAAAGAAACUCACUGUGAUCUUUGUAAUUUAUUCUUUGCUGCCUAUUUCUUUUUAAAACAGUUGGUUUUUUUUUGUUUUUUUUUUAUUUCAUUUUCACAUACAUCUUCUGGAAAAGGUAUCUUUUGACUAAAAAAAACAUGUAACUGGUUCAUAAAAUGUUAAAGCAAAAUAAUGAAAUGAGAAUUGAUUGUAUAUCAUGGUUAAUAUUUCAACCAAACAGAAGUAACAACUUUGCACAUAUUAUAAUUUUGUUUACUAGAAAUUUUUCUUUAAGGUAUGUUUGUUAGUCCAAUUGCUUAUAAAAAAUGUUGGCAUGAUACAAGAAGUUCUUCAAGUUUAGUGUGUAACUAGUUAUAUUUUGUUUCUCUCUGUCAUAGAUUGUUAUAUGUUACUUCAAAAGAAAAUAAUGCAGAUUCUCACAUACUGAAUAAUAAAUGAUAAAGACGUGCAUAUUGUUUGUAAAAUGGUUUCCAGCGGUACAGUCCAAAAUUUUAGUUUUGCGUCACUUACUUGUCUUAUGGUCUUUUUAGAACUAAAGAAAAGGCUAAUUUGUUGAGCUGAAACACUUUGUGGGUACUAUAGUUAGUAAAGAAAAGUUUCCACCAGACAAGUAAACCAGUCAACACGCAGUGUUUUUUUUUUUUUGUUUUUAAAGAACGAGUGAAUACUGUCACAAAACUCAUGAAUUUGUUUAAUUUGGCAAAAUGUACAUAUCAAGCUAAUAAGAGAAGGUGCUAUAUAAAUAAAAUGAUUUAUUAUUAUUAAGGUUCAAGGUUUGCCCAGAAAGGCUUGCAACACAAUUUUUAAUAGGUAGUGAUUAUUACUGAAUUGUUUCAAGAUACUUGUAGGAUAUCUAGCAUGCAUUUUAUACAGUCCUUAUUUUUGUGUAUAAUCUCUGUCAACUUUAGUAGCUUUGUGUCAGGGAGAAGCAAGCAUGCCUCUUUGUUUUGUACCGGCCUUUUUAUGCCGAGUCAGAAUGUGCAGGUUUGAGUUAACAGUUUUACUUUAUGGCAUAAUUUCUACCAAAAUCACUCCUUCUGUAUCCCAGAAAACAGCGGCAACAACUUUUCAUGCUGAAGUGGGGUACAGUACUUUAAAGGUCUUGUGAAAAGAAGUUGGAUGGUGCUAUUUCCAUUCACCUUCUUUUAGUCUCAGGUUUAUGUGUGAUAGAUUUGUAUUGCAUCCUUAGUGACAAUCUGCAUUGAAAGCUGUCAUUCUCAGUGUUGUAAUGGGAAAGAAAAUCUUUCCACACAGUUUUUUGUUCUGCUGUUAAACUUCAUGGAACCCAGCAGUUACACAUUUUUUUAUUAUCAUAAAGCAUAAGCUUCUUUAGAUACUGAGAGGUCACUUGCAAAUGGUUGUAUUCCAUUGCUCCUGACAGAUGAUCAUGUUGAAGGAAUGCUAUAGUUACUGCAGUUGUUGACCAGCCUAAGGAAGAACCAUCAAUGAUCUUAGCUUGUCUUGUCUCCGAACCUAAAGUUUUGAAGACUAGCAGUAUUUCCUGAAUAUGCAUAUAAUGACAUGUUAAGGUUUAUUAAUAAUUCAUUCUUCACUAUGAGAUGUUCAGUAACUUCCUGUUGUUUAACAAGCUCAUCACUGUCCAACGCCAUCUUGAUGGCUUACUACAAAAGCGCUAUGAAACUGAUUAUAUUGCAUUGUGUUUAAGUGUUUUCUCUGUUAUUUGGCAAGCACUCCCCUCUAAUUCCACAUACUUUCAAAAAAAUAAAUUUGAUAUGGCAAGACACGGUUAAUUACAAGAGCAAAUGGUGAAGCAGCCCAGUUGUACUUUUGGUGGAAAUGUUUCCACUUAGUAAUGUGGUUACAUAACAUACACAUCAUGGACAAAAUAAUUAUUACAGCAAGUAUUCUCAUCUUUUUUCUGGUUAUGAAUUAGGAGACGUCUAUUUUGACAGCUUUACUGGAUUGUUUUUAUCUCCCUUUUGUACUUUAUUAGAGUUAAAGUUUUUUCUGUAGCUGUAGAUUUUGCUAGGAAUUACUUCAGCAUGUAAGAUUUUUAUGACAAACCUCCAUUUGCUUUUACUUCAAAUCCUGACAUUUGAGAAAAAGAUGUCUAAAUUGAAAUGACAGGUGUUGGGCCGUGGUGGUGGCAGUUCUGGUGGGAUAUAUUUUUAGAAACAGCUAAACAUCUUUGUUAAUUAAUUUUAUUAUACAGUAUUUAAAAUGACCUCUUUGUCAGUAAAAACAGUUGAAAAGUAAAACCAUAAAUAUGAAAGGAUUCAAUUGAGUAAUAAUUUGUGAUUUGAAUUAACACCUUCCAAACGUUCCUGGUAGGUUCCAUUUUAUUUAAGCUAUUGGUCGUUGAAUAAAUACCUUCAGUUCUCAUUUAUGGAAUUAGAAUAGUGAAUAAUGUUAUGAAAUGCUGGACACUGCAUAGUAGUUAAGAGGAAGUUGCAAAGAAGCAAAAAAAAAAAUACAUGCAUCUAAACAUUUCUUCAUUGUUUUUUUUCUGCAAAAUACAUUUACAUGAUAUACUUGCAGUCUUCCAACAUCAAUCUAAAAAGCUGUUCAGUCUGCUUUUAUAAAAGCAAGAUUAUAUCUCAGAACAUGCAUAUCUGUAUUACAGUUGAAAUUUCUUACCUCGAAUACAAUGUUUACCAGUCUCAUGCUAUGUUCAAAGUUGUGUUCCCUUCAGCAUAUUGUCGGUUGACCUGUACCUAUCGAAAUGUAGGUCAGAAAUGAAAAGCACAGAGUCUCCAUCAGUAAUGGCAUGUAGUUUAAGCAGUCGUGCACAUUGCCAUUAAUUUACAUUGCAAUACGACUGAACUAAUUCCCAAGUGAAAAUAAUGGGACAUUUGCAAACCUCUGUUUAUGGGGCCUUGUUAUCUAUACAUAAAAAGUUUAUAUUUUCAUUCAUUCCCCUCACCCCUGAAUUUUACUGACCACAUUUGUGAUGUUGUAUUUACUUGAAAAAUCCCACAAGUCAUUAAAAUGUCUUUCUUUACAAUUAAAUCUGUUCAUUUACCCUGUAAUUAAAACAGAGGAAAAUUAAGUCCAUUCAAUACAGUGGGUUUACUGUGUCUUAUUUAAUAACAUGGUUCCUAAGCAAAAAUACUUCGUUUGACAAUAUUAAACACUAUAUGUAAAUAUAGAUAUACGUUUAUAUCUUCAACAUGAAAUUUUUCCACUUGAAAUACUAGCCAGAUGUGUGUUUUUGUCUGUGGUCUUUUCUUUGCAGAUUAUGUGGGUUUUUUUGUUGAAACUAAUACAACCGCAAGUGAAAGAAGACCAUUUUAACUGAUUAUAUAAUUUGGCAAUUAAGAGCUCAUUUGGACUUAAAGGAAUGCUCCACCCAGAAAUGAUUUUUUUUUAAUUUGCUACUUUACCCAAAGUACUUUAUAGUGGUGGCUGGAAAAAAAAUUGAUACCAUGUUUUCUUGGAUAAAGUACAUGAGAGCUUCUCCUAAACAGGGUUGAUAGGUGAUCAGCGCUGGACAGUGGCAAAUGUUGUGAAAAACAGGCAUGUAAAAAAGAAAAACAAAUCUCAUGUUACUCUGGACUAUUUUGAAUUGAAGACAGAAUGCUUGACCAAAGAAUAAUAGGAGAGGCAGGUCUACAAAUCAAAACGUCCUAGCUAUUAGUAUUUGAGUUUACUGUUUACAUAGCCCCUAAUAAUUCAGGAAGUAACUGUUUAACAACAUUUUAGCAAAAAAGCAUUUGUUUUGCACAAAACAAAAAAGACAUAGAUUAUGCAAAUAAUGUGAGAUUUUUUUUCCAUGGACGUUUUUCACAUCAUUGGCCACUUUCCAGCAUUGGUCAACUGUCAAUCCCAUUUAUAAGAAUCUCUCUUAUAUACUUUCUGACAGAAAACAUGAGGUUAAAAUGUUUCUCUGUCACCACUACAAAGUACAUGGAGUAAGUAACAUAUAUUUAUAAAAUAAUUUUUGGAUGGAGUUUACCUUUAAAGCUAUUGAAAUACUUUAGGGCAUACUGUUAGAUAGGGUUCUCCAAGCCCUGAAGAACAGCUGAACUAAAGGGAAAUACAUUCAUUUCUUUCCUGCUGUUGGUAUAAUCUGUUUUUAAAAUUAUUUUCUAGCAUAUAGAAAACUUCCAUAUCUUCUCUCCAAAAGUCAAAGCAGGGAGGCUUCAUCUAACACUGAGAAUCAUCUCUUCUUUUGUAAUGGUUUAGUAGAAUUCUGAAAAUGACUUAAAUCAUUGUUGCUGCCUGCUGUAUUUGUGGCAUUAAAGGCAAUUUUGUGGAUAGUACUUUUGAACAGUUACGGUAAGGGUUAUUUUUUGCAGUUUUCCAUUAAUUUGCUGUUUUAUGUAGGUAUAUAGGUUUGUGUGUACAUGUCUUAUACAGUAUAUGUGUAUAUACAGUGUGUGCGCGCACGUGUGUGUGUAUGUAUAUAUGUAUAUAUAUGUAUAUAUAUAUAUAUAUGUACAGUAUAUAUAAAAAUGUGUGAAUGUGCGUGUAUAUUUAAUGUACUGUACACACACACACACUUACACAUAUAUGUACUUUGUAUAUAUAAUAUGUAUGUAUGUAUAUACACAAAUACACACAUACAGAGUAAUAGAGGUGCAUACUUUGCAAAGAAGCAUAAAGACUGCAUAUAUACCAAUUCUUCGCCAAAAAUAAGAUGGAUGCCAUUCUCAAUGUAAAGAAAUUUGUGGCAAAUCACUGCUUUUGCUUUUUAUUUAUUUAUAUUUUUUUGUAAGUAGCUGAUACCUGGUUACCAGAAACCUCUCUAAACUUUCCUUCCAUAUUAUAACUUUUGGAAACUGCAAAUACAAUAUGCAUUGAAUACUAAACUAGAAAUGGUUAAGCAAUUUUGUGUAUACAAAAAAAAAUGGCAUGUUUUAAUGUUUUUUGUUUUUGUGAUAUUUAUAACUAUUGUGGUAUUCAUAAACUAAUGAAUUUUAAAUAAAAUUUUAUAUUUAUUACUUGAGAA